GGCGGCGCGCGUAUGACGUGAGUUUGUUCGCGACGCAAGCCCUUGUACGUCAGCACAGUGCCAACAUGGCGUUCACACUGUACGCAUUGAUUCAAACAGCGAUAUUAUUCACAAAUGCCAUCGCUGUUCUUCACGAAGAGAGGUUUCUCAGCAAAAUUGGCUGGGGAGCAGAGCAAGGCGUUGGAGGAUUUGGAGAUGAUCCCGGGAUUAAAGCACAACUUCUAAACCUUAUUCGCUCUGUCAGGACAGUCAUGAGAGUUCCUCUGAUAGCAGUAAAUUCAGUCUGUAUCGUCUUACUUUUGUUGUUUGGAUGAAGAAAGAAUGGACUGCGGUGGAUGAAGAUCUAAUGUGGAACACUGAUUGUGGCAACGGAAAAUGACCAUUUUUUUUUUUUGUAUCUGUGGUUCUAAAUGUUGCUCUCCAAUGUCUCAAAAUUGUAUCCGAAUGAAUUACUGUAAGUACUCUGGUAGUUUUAUAUGACUAAAAUACCAGUAAACGUUUUCCUUUUCACGCUUUCGUACCUCUAUAAAAGCUCCCGUGUGUUUACGUGGGGUUUUUUUUUUAUUUACAUCCAGGGUCUAGUAAAGUGUCAGUUGCUCAGGCAUAACUUUUUUGUUCCAGUAAACAACAGAGAAAUCAAUCAGCUUUCCUUCACCAAAAGCCAUACUGUUGUCUUCAUUUUUCACUUCUUUUUUUGUUUUUUGUUUUGUUUAACCUUUUUUAAAUGUCAAAUUUCCCAAGUGAAUUUCCUAUCAUUUCAGUUUCAAAGACCACUUGGAAAGUUAAAUCUGGGUUUAAUAUAUUUAAAGGCAUAUGGGUAAAAUCUUUGCAUUUUAAUAAAGAUGUGCUAAAGGUAUGUUGUUAAUGGAACGUUUCAUUGUUUCUGCUUUUUUUUUUUUUUUUUUUUUAGAAA